GGCUCCCUCUCCGGGGUUUUGCCCUUUCCUGCCACCGGGGCUGCGGAGCGCCGUCCUGCGCCGCCGCUGCCGCCCGUUUCCCCCCCGCCCUCGCCGGCCGGGCAGGUCGGUGCCCGCUGCGGCGCCCGCAGCCCCCGCCGCCGGAGCCCGCCGCAGCCCCGCACGGCUGCAUGCCCGCCGCGGUCUCAGCACGUCUGGAUUCGCUGGAGUCCUGGGCCUUCCAUGCGCUGCUGGUGCUGCCCUAUAUGUUUUAUUUGGGCUUGUUCUUUGUCAACGUGCUGAUCCUGUACUAUGCCUUCCUGAUGGAGUACAUCGUUCUCAAUGUAGGCAUCGUCUUCCUGCCGGAGGAUAUGGACCAGGCUCUGGUGGAUCUAGGGGUGCUCUCCGACCCUGGCUCCGUGCUCUACGAGACGGACAGCGAGCUGGAUGUCUUUGACGGGUACUUGGAGUGACGCCCCGGGGCGCUCCGAAGCGACUGCGGGCUGGGGCCGGCUGUCCCGGUAUGGCCGUAGCUCGGCGGCCGCCGCGGCCCCGCCAUGCCCUCGCUGCCUCUCGGCUCCUUCUGCGCAGCAUCUUCCCUUCCAAAUGUCCCCCUACACCCCCCCCGCCCCGGUGCCCGGGACGCGCUGCCGCCGGGCAAGGCCGCGGACACGCAGAGGGCUCGCAAGGGAAAUUCAUUAAACAGCUGAAAUGGAUUAUGACCAGGUUAAUGGAUCAAGUGAUGGAAAGAAACUAUACUCUGAAAUGCAGAGAUGAAAAGAAAGACAAGGGGACAACAAGAAGAGUUGUCAUCAGACCUUGUCAGCUGUGACUUUUCUCCAUGGUCAUUGCCUCUUGAGUGUGCACUAACUGCAGUGAUUCAUGCACCGUACUGGGCUUCCAUAGGUUAUUCUGGGAUGGACUGUAUGAACAAAUAAUAUAAGCUAUGUUCUAUUAUAACAGAAAAUCAGGUGUUACUCAGAUUUGAUAAACUUUUGAAUAAAUAACAUGUCACCCAAAUGGACACGCUCUACAUACUGCUUAAGCAAGUUUUACAAUCACACAUUGAAAACUCUACCAGCCAGUAGUUCAAAGACAGUGCUCUCUCAGGGGAAAAUAUGCAGGAGUGACUGCAAGCAGGUUCUGUUCAGGGCAGUUUACGGAAAGAACUGUGCUAGUAAGAUAUUUUAUUUAAAUUGUGAGUUUUGAAAUAGAUAAGAGAGUAAAUUUUAUAUAAGUCAGGUGGAUUCAUUAUUUAACACAAGAUACUUUGCAGAUUGUUUAAGCUCAUGUUCUUAUGUACAGAUGUGAAAGCAAUGCAAUAAAGACUUGACCUUUUCCAUGAAAAA